AUUCUCGGUAGGCUGCAGUGCGGUUCCGGUGCUGAUCAUGCCACACACAACCACACAAACACUUGCUUUCCAGCCAAUGGUGAAUCGUUGGUUAAUGCGAGUGGUAUGUACGAGCUUAGCCCCUCGAAACGCAUGAAAUUGCUCUGGACUUGGACGAAUGCAGGAAGCAUGAAGACACGAUCUAGAGCCCUCAUCCGAAGCUCAAUCUACUGCACGCCAACUGACCUCCAUCCUUGCUGUACGUAGUUACGUGUCCUCGUGUCUUCUUCUUUCUUCGCUCCGCCUCUCGAACGCUGACUCUCCAGCACUGCUGUGGAAAUACCGCGAUACGACCUUCGUGCAGGUGGCUUGUCAUGCAGGUGUUCUGCGCAUACAUGCUCUUGCCGGCAUUGACCACGACAAGGAAUGUGCUUCGAGCAGUCGCUGAAAAUCGUCCCUCACGCUGCGGUCUACUGCAGUCCUUUUGCUGCGCUUCCUGUCAUUCCACAAGCGGACCUCGUCGCUAUCAAAUGCUCAGAAUGCGCUAACCGUUUCGUGUGAAGCCAAGACUUUCUUUGUCCUGGAGCAUUUGAGUGCUUCACAGUCGAUCUCACCUCUCAAAUUCGAUCUCUACGUGAUGAUUUCCCCACAUGCACUUCAUCUCCACGUCUGAUGUCUCUGCGUACCAUGUCCGGAUCUCAUUUGCCUUUUCCCACUGGAACUUUCCUUCACAAGUGGUGGCACACCAUGGCUACCUAGUCAUCUCUGCAUCCACAUAGACCCCAAGCGCUCAUUGAUGGCCCUCGAAAAUGCCCAUGACUCUCGAAUGUGUCAGCUGGGUUGUAUGCGAUCUUAUGGAAAGCUAGGGUCCUCACGUCAUACACGCAGAAUCAUACCUGGACGAACAAUUACCACCACUCAUGGUCACUGGAAGGCAUCUCAGGUCUUGCUUGCUACACGCCCAGACUCUUGGCUUCAUGACAGCUUAUCUGCCCCGGAUUUUUUCCAGGCACAAAGCGGAGAUGUUGUGACGUGUCACAUGUGUCACAAAGUCUCCGCUCUCCAAUCGUACAGGUCGCUGUAGGACCCAGGCCAGGAUGAGAUUGAUCGAUCUACAGACUCGAUGCAAGUAGGUUUGUGGACGGACCUGCACAGUUCACCUGCGCGGGUAAGUGAGACACGCAUCCCGUGCGCAAGUGAUGGAGCUGACUACCCCGAGGAAUGUUGCGUUUUUGCUUCGCCGUUGGUCUCUCACGACAUAUCAGCCGCCUCUUUUGAGCCUAGCUUUGGUAGAGUCUCAGCCUGUCAUAAACUGGUUAAACUGCAUCAAAUCACAUGCACUAUGGAGAAGCCGGGGCCCUCUCAGAACGGUUGAUGUAUGACCAGACAUUCGACGUGCGGGAAUACACUCCGCCUUUAAAUCAAUGGGCCCACUCGAGCUUAGCGUGGUAUUUACCGCUCGGUCAUGAGGGGCCGGAGACGGGACUCUCAACGCCGUAUUGGACCACCGCGUCCACACCCCAUUCCCGAGGAGAUCAUCUGAUGGGAUCGCAGUGGUGUCGGAACUCCGUCUUCUCGUCCCUUCCAUCUACAGUAUAUCACGCGCUCUCCCUUUCAUGAGCUUUCAGAAUGACAUUCUAUUUCAUUAUUCAGUCGCGGUCGGCGUUCUAGAGCGAUGACCCCUCAUCACGGGUUCUUUCACAUUCCUUCGCGCGUUGCCCGACCAGAUCGGUGGUACUCUGCAUAUAAAGGCACCAUCCCACAUCUCCCCAAUAUCUACACCGAUCCAAGCUCUCCAACAUGGCCACGACCAUCGCAAGAAACAACACCGCAGCCCUCUUCUCGCCUUUGAAAUUCGGAGACCACGUCAUUCGCGACCGGCUUGCCAUGGCUGCGCUGACACGUAACCGCUCUUCCGACACGGUCCCCAACGCGCUCAUGCGGGAAUACUACGUCCAGAGAGCCCGGGGCGGAGCGGGGCUCAUCGUGACCGAGGGUUGUCUAGUAAGCAGACAAGGCACGGAGUGGGAAAAUGCACCGGGGAUCUGGAGCGCCGAGCAAGUGGCCGGCUGGAAGGACAUCGUGGAUGCCGUGCAUGCAGAGGGCGGUAAGAUCUAUUGCCAGCUGUGGCAUGCCGGUCGAGUGUGCCAUCCUGAGACGCGACACCAAAAGGCGUCAGGCGAGCCCGUGUACGGACCAUCGCCCAUCGCAGCUCACGGAGGGAAGUUCCGGUUUCUGCCCGGUGUACCGGGAUACGUGACCCCCACCGAAGUCCCUGAUCCCGCGACGCUGAUAGAACUGUUCCGUCUCGGCGCCCUGAAGGCGAAAGAUGCGGGCUUCGACGGGGUCGAGAUCCACGGGGCAAACGGCUAUCUCGUCCACCAAUUCCUCGAUGCGUCAUCCAAUCAGCGGACUGACAAAUGGGGCGGCAGCCCCGAAAACCGCUCCCGCUUUGCUAUUGAGCUGCUCAAGGUCCUAGUGGACAUCUGGGGCCCCAAUGUCGGAGCGAAAUUCACCCCAGCUGGGGGCUACAACGACAUGGGCUUCCCAUUGGACGACACGAUUGCCACGUUCGGCCACCUGCUGUCCUCGAUCGACACCCUCGGACUCGCAUACGUCUCCCUCGUGCGCUACUCGGACUACUUCGAUCCGGAAAAGCGGGGGACCGACCACGACGUUCUUGCAACUUACGCGCCGUUCCUCAAAUCGACACCGCUCAUCCCAAACGGCGGAAUCACAUCUGGGGAGGCGGCGGAAUGGGUUGCGAGUGGGAAAUAUCCCGCGGUCUUCCUCGGGACGCUUUGGAUGACGCAUCCCGAUCUGGCUAAGCGCGUUAAAUUCGGGAAGGAAUUGGCGAAUGAUUUGGAUGGCCCACACAUCUACGGUGGAGACUUUGAUCCCGUGAUCGGAUACACGGAUUAUCCAGCGGCUGAGUACGAUCAAUGAGAGCAUCGUCCCUCGAAGUAGUCCAGAAAGGUCAAUGUAUACGAGUAUCGUAAACAGCUGGAAGCUGUCCAGACGUCGCGAAGCAGAGUCGACCCAGACAAUGCUGAAUCUUGUAAAUGUAUUUGAGCCCAUAUUUCCAUGACGCUCAUGUUGAAGACUCGAAAAGUCAAUAUCUACCAUUGCUACCGACCGUUCGAUCGCCCCAGAUAGGACGAACUAUAAGGUAUUUCUGCUAGAUACCACAGCUGUCUGAAUAACCCACUCAAGCGAGUCCUUAUAGGAAACCUCUCUGUUCAGUGUCCGGACCGAGACAACGAGACUGAUCUGCCAAGGCGUUGAGGCACGGGAGGGAGAUCAGCAGCGACAGCGAAGAGAGGACGAGAGUGAUAACGAUGCAAUUCAAGGCGCAACGGUGCGUACUGGUUGCUGACGUAGAGUGAUGCAUACUGCCAAUGCGCACAAAGCUUUGCGAGACUGAAAGCACGUGAUCUGUGAUUUGGUGCGUGCAAUACCGGGGGCUCAUCUGACUGCUCAGCAGUGCGAACCAAGUUAUUGAGCUCGAGUAUUCUGUUCCCUGCACACAUAUAUCAUGAAGAAUCACUGUCACGUCCGAUUCCCUAAUUCAAAUCAAAGAUUCAGAAUCAAGAACGCACCUAUUGAGU